UGCGAGGGGCAAUGACAGAGAGGCGUGUGCCUUGUUCGAGAAUAUGCCGGAGAGGAACGUCUUCUCAUGGACGGCAUUGCUCCAGGGAUAUGCUGAGAAUCGUCUUCUAGACAAGGCAAAGAGCUACUUUGACAAGAUGCCAGCAUGGAAUCUUGUGUUGUGGACUAUGCUCGUUGUUUCAUAUGCUCAAUGCGAGCGGCUUGAGAUUGCACAAGACUUGUUUGUUGAGAUGCCCGAGUAGAGCAUAGUGACUUGGAAUGCCUUGUUGGCAGUGAUCGGGCAUGCCAAGCCUUUGGAGGAGGCAAAGCUUUUCCUUGUCACUAUGUCCGCAUGGAACUUGGUGACCAAAAACACAAUUUCUCAGAUCAAGGAAGUCAAACAAAGUGAAACCACUAGUUGACUUGGCUAAUGCUUCUGUCAGGCUUGCUGGAAGAGGAGGCGUCAUCGUUGGUGGAUCGAACCACAGCCAUGCAACGCGGGAUACACAAGACUCUAUUGCAGAAGGGAAAGACCAUGGAAAUGAAGAGCAAGAACAACUACAACUUCGAUGUGGUACCAGGAUCUCUUCCUGCGGUCUAAGAACAUUGAGUUGUUUCUGGAGAACGAGCUUACAAAAAAGUUAGUAACUUUUUUCUAUAAACUUCCAUUCCAAUCCAACAAGUAUCCACUGCAUAAUCUGUUUGAGCACAGAAGAUUGGAGCUAUGGCGGAGUCACAAGGCGCAGCCAAACUGAUGUUGAAUCCAAGGGAGAAACUCACUGGAGCACUUGUGAUUGGCAUCGCUUUUGCAACUUUCGUGGCAACACUUGUGGUCACUGCCAUCUUCGCGGUUCCAAAGAUGAUCAAGCCACCUCCAGGGGAUUACUACCCGGAUAUCGUCAAGGAGGACAAGUGCUCUACUUGCUGGGAAGCCACCGUCUUUGCCACAAGCUCCGAUCCAUUCUACCAGUGGGUCUGUGAUUCCUCACUCCCGGAUACUCUUAACGCCUCGCUGAGGGGAACGCUUGCAUGCCAGAGGGCCAGCAUCUGGCGUGUUUCAGGCAAUAUCACCUCUGCAAAUGAGAGCUCCUUGUAUAGCUCGCCAGAUCCCCACAUUCUUGGAGGAGAGCUUGUCAAGAGAAGCAGGACUCUGGUGUGGAAGAUGACAGUCUACUGGGGGAUGAGUGUAAGAGCUUGUUUUGACUUGCUAAAUCCCAUGGAGGAUUCAUGUCUCUACACAACGCCGAUCGUCCAGACCGCUCUUGGAUCAUAUGCAGCGCUCUUGGUUGGCAUUCCGUAUCGGAAGGCUUCACAGAACCCAUAUGCCGUGGAGAGCAGCGCUUUGUAUCUGGACAAUAGUGCGGUGUAUUUGACGAACUUUGUGAGCAACGCUAGAACCGGUGCUGGAUUGAAGCUCAAAAGCUCUGGCAAAGGAAUCAAGAACUACGUCUACGAAGGCCAGGUUUGCAACAGGGCCUCCCCGAUCCUCAUCACUCCGGACGUGGUUUCCUACAUGGGUUUUCCAAGCUUACAGUGCGCUUGCGAUGGUAUCCUUUGCCUUGUGGGUCUGAACAUCACUGGCACAGCUUCGAAUGAGGAUAAGAUUCUUCCUCUGAAACUAAAUGCCUCCGGUUGUGGCCAGGGCAUGUCGUUUUGGGAUUGCGAUAGAUAUCCUUUGAAAGAGCAUAGAACCGAAUUCUUCUCUUACAGCCCGAGAUGGGAGAGAUCGAUACUACUCGAGGUGAAUUUCAGCACAAACUUCGAGGAGGCAAUCCGUGGUCCCAACCAGAUACUCAAAGACUUCGUUUCUUGCACCGAGGACACAAUCCAGAAGAAGGAUAUGGACACCUUCAAUAACAAGGUUCCAAACGACAAGGACGACAACUUCUUGUGUGGCAUGGACGAAGGCCAGUCAAAGCUGGCGGACAAGUUGUGCACGGUAAGCUUGGACGAUCUAAACAUGCAAGUUCUGGAGAAGCGCUUGAGGGAGUCUUUAACGGACGUGCAAAGGUUCAUGAAGGAGGAAUGGGAGAGCACUUGGUCGCAGAGAUCAGACGUAACUGUUGGGAUUGUCACAGCGGUGGUGACCAUCCUUGUGACCAUCUGGGGGAUGUUCAACAAGGAUUUGCAAAAGGUGGAGGCGUUGAUCUUGAAGCGCGCAGGCAAAUUCACCAGUGUUGUGAAAGUGACAAUAGGACUUCCACUGUUUAAGACGGGAAUUCGGGGUUUUCUGCUCUUGGGUGUAACAUGUUUAACGUAUUUGUCAGCUUGAAUGCUGUGCGAAGUGAGCCCCGGCUUGCCACCUCGAAAACACUACUUCAGCAGCAGCAGGGGACCUUGUUCUUCUUGACUACAACUUCAACAGUUCAAGUCACUCCAUCUUGGAUUAUCUUCUUUGCAGCAUGCUCGUUUGCAAUCUUUGUGCUUGCCACAGUAACUUUCGGUGUGUACGUUCGCAUGUGCUACGUGGAAAGAAAAGAAGAGGUAACUGUACCAUCUUAAAUCAUGCAUGUUUAUAUAAUUAAUAUGUAUUCUUUGAUGAGUUUUGGAUAUAGAUAGAGCUCAAGAAAAAGAGAAACUGAUUAAAAUGAAAGUAACUAAAAAGUUACUACGAAUUUUGCGGCAUCCAGCGGCUUGAGACUAUGAGCACAAAAAGACCAGCCCCACAUAAUGUGUGUGAUUUACGAAUUAUAUCCAGGGAUGAUUGCGUCUUUCAACGCAGCAAUAGCACAUUACUUCAGUAUCGUGAGCUAUGAUCAAUUUUUUUAUCUAAGAGGGCAAAAGAGAAUAAGUCUUUUAUAAAACUAGUAGUGUAGAAUGCCGUUCUAAUGAGUUCUCUCAAGAGAGCAGCCAGCCACGCCAUUGAAGACUUCGCAACCGUGAUUCGCCACUGUGCCAAAUCCAAGGACUUGGCAAAGGGUCGCUGGA